GGGCGAGCAAAGCAAGCAAGCCAGCCAGCGCCUGGAUGUGGCAUCACCUGCUCCUUCUCGGCUGUAAAGCAGGUGUUCCCUUCUCCCCACGCAGCAGUACAGGGGUUAAAAUCCUGUGGCGGUGUUUAUUCACCAUGAAACUAGAGUCCUCGGAAUUCCAGUCCCUCUUUACACCAGGACUGAAGAGCGUUGCAGAAUUAUUUGACAAAGCAAAGUACGAAUUGAGGAUAGCAGGAGGUGCAGUAAGGGACUUACUUAAUGGAAUGAAACCACAAGAUGUUGACUUUGCCACCACUGCUACUCCUACUGAGAUGAAGGAAAUGUUCCAAGCGGCAGGUGUCCGAAUGAUCAACAACAGAGGGGAAAAACAUGGAACUAUCACUGCCAGGCUCCACGAGGAGAACUUUGAAAUUACCACACUUAGACUUGAUCUGGUUACUGAUGGGAGACAUGCGGAAGUGGAAUUUACAACUGACUGGGAAAAAGAUGCCGAGAGGAGAGAUCUCACAAUCAAUUCUAUGUUCUUAGGUUUGGAUGGAACACUUUAUGAUUAUUUCAACGGCUAUGAUGAUUUAAAAAACAACAAAGUCAGAUUUGUCGGACAUGCAAACCAGAGAAUACAAGAGGAUUACCUAAGAAUUCUGCGAUACUUCAGAUUCUAUGGACGGAUUGCAGAAAAACCUGGCCACCACGAACCUGACACUCUGGAAGCAAUCAGAGAUAAUGCCAAAGGUUUGGCUGGAAUAUCGGGCGAGAGGAUUUGGGUGGAGUUGAAAAAAAUUCUUGUUGGAAACCAUGUUAAUCAUCUCAUCCGCCUAAUGUACGAACUGGAUGUGGCUGGCUAUAUAGGAUUACCUGUUAAUGGGAGCUUGCAGGAAUUUGACACAGUCUGUAAAAAUGUUCAGAAUCUCUUUCCAAAACCAAUGACCGUUCUAACAUCACUGUUAAAGGUGCCAGACGACGUCUCAAAACUGGACCUAAGGCUGAAAAUUUCAAAAGAUGAAAAAAACCUUGCGCUGUUUCUGCUGAAGCACAGGAGAGACUUGGUCAAAGCUGCUGAUACCACAGAGCCACUCAAACCAUAUCAAGAAUUCAUUAUAGAUUCAAGGGAGGUUGACUCGGCAUCCAGAAUCUGUGAGCUUCUGAAAUACCAAGGAGAAGGACUUCUUCUGAAGGAAAUGCAACAGUGGUCUGUCCCUACCUUUCCUGUAAGUGGCCAUGACAUAAGAAAAAUGGGUAUUUCAUCCGGGAAAGAAAUCGGGAUACUCUUGCAGCAAUUACGGGACACAUGGAAAAAGAGUGGAUACCAGAUGGGAAAGGAAGAACUCUUAAGCCGUGUAAAAAAUAAAGAUUAAAAAUGUAAAGUAAAUUUAAUACAUAAAAUUGUAUCAAAUUCUGCAUGUAAAUAUUCCAUUGUUCUUACUCAGGACGACACUUGGGUUUCAAGCACUGUUGGAAUCAUCAGGAUUAUUAUUUUUGAUGGAUUUCUUUUUUUUCCAAUUAAAGUGCAAAACAUUUCACAAGCAA